AUGCUCGGCGACCUCAACGCGACACACCUGCUCGGCGCGUCCCUGCGGGUGCGCUCUACGCGCAGUGCUUCGGCGCCCUCGUCUCCAUCUUCCUCAGCGCCGCGAUGCAUGUCGCGUUCAGCACCCGUGCAGCAACACGCUCUCCUCGUCCGCGUGCGAGUUCGCCGUGCCCGACGUGAAGAGCUGGCGUGCCGUCUCGAUCGCGUGUCGGGCUCGUCGUUGCCCAUCCCGACGUCCUCCGGCAUCGUCGCGCUCUGCUUAAUGGCGUUGGCGCUGCCAGUGAGCACGUUCGUCAAGUACCGGUACAUCCCCGUGGAUAAACAGCACUGGGUCCCAAACUGGAACGCGGUCGGCAUCGCGUUCGUCCUCGGGCCGACGAACACGUACCCCAUCGCGAUGACGUUCGGGAGCGUGGUCGCGUUCGUGUGGCGGCGCCGCUGGCAAACGCGUGGUUCCUCCUGGGCUACGCAGUCGCGGCGGGCAUGA